AUGCUCACUCCUAAAUACAAGUCGGCAAACGAGCAGACGGAUUACCUAAUGGUCGGCAACGCACUCGUAACUCCUCCGUUGCGGAUGUCCAUGGGCGGCGCUGAUUGCUUAUCAUCAGGUCUUCCGAACGAUCUGUCUGUCUAUUGGCACCAGUAUCCAUAUAGUUUGGGUAUCGUCUUCUGCAAGCUACGAGCUCUAAUAUCUGAAGCUGUGGGAGAGCCAUACUUCGGCACGAAUGGGUCGGCUCGACCGGUGUUAUACCACUGCCUCACAGAAAUCCGGCGUGAAAUAACCAAAGAGUUGUCUUUCGCCGUGGGAAAAUCAUCUAAUGACUUCUCCCGCCCAGGGGCUCCGUCUGUUGUGGUCUAUUGGCUCUUUGAGGCGCGCGCGGAACGCUACGCGCCGUACGCUCCGGUCUGGUUCUGGUCGCGCGGCGAGCUAAGGCCAUUUUUUACCAGUCGAGCCUUGGGUGAUUCAGAGAAAAGCAAAAAAGCUACUUACGUUUCUGUACUGACGAUAUCGGCAUUUUCCUUGGAGAGAUACCUGGCUAUAUGUCAUCCUCUACAUCUAUACACGAUGGCUGGUCUGACCAGAGCCUCAAGGAUCAUUUUGGUGCUAUGGAUUAUAUCCAUAGUGUGCGCGUCUCCCUUCGCUGUGUACAGUGAGAUUAGCUACAGGGAUUACCCACCAACUACACCGGUUGUGUGA